AUGAAUUUGGUAUGUAUGUUUAUACAACAUCUUAUAUUUACAUCGUUUAAAUAUAUUAGCUGCCAUUUGACGGCUACGCCAUAUUUUUAUGAUAUGGAUAAUAAAAUUGUUACUUAUUCCGACAUGGAAAGACUGGUAAAGGAUAGAAACGCUUUAAUAAUAGAUGUGAGGGAGGUUAAAGAAAUAAAAGAGACUGGAUUAAUUGAAAACAGCAUUAAUAUACCUUUGCCCCUCCUUAGAAGUGCUCUAACCUCUCCAAAAAAUGAAUUUGAAAGGACAUAUCAACGGGAAGCCCCGAAUUAUAAUUCAUUAUUGGUAUUUACUUGCAAGUCAGGAAAUCGAGCAUUAAAAGCUUUAAACGAAGCUGAAUCUCUUGGAUUUAAGAAUUGCAAGUAUUAUAAAGGAAGCUGGGAUGAAUGGUCGCAAAAGAAACGUUUAUAA